AUGCACCGAAGCAGGACAGCAGACGCCCUUAUAUCACAACUCAUACAUGAGCGGAACGCGGAUGUUGUCAUAAUUAGCGAACAAUAUGGAGAAAUCAGUUGCGGUACCUUCUUGGCUGACUGCAGUGGAACUGCAGCCAUCUGGCUGCCAUGCGCCGAGAAAUUCUCUUUCUCAGCCAGUGGUGCCGGAGACGGACACGUUUGGGUUCGAAAUCGCAACUUUACCUUAAUGAGCUGCUAUCUUACACCGAGCGACAGUAUUGGCCAAUUCCAGAUGAAACUGGACGCAAUCGAAGAUUGCGUCCUCCAAAUGGGUGGAAACUUUAUUAUAGCAGGCGACUUCAAUUCGAAGGCCAUUGAAUGGGGCAUGAUGACCACAAAUCCCAGAGGUAGGCGAGUGCUUGACAUGGCGGCCAGAUUGGGACUUGUAGUCGCUAACAGAGGGAUGUCGCCCACCUUUCGCAGACCAGGAUGCGAAGGCACUAUUCCAGACAUCACGUUAGUGUCGGAGAAGAUAGCUGGUACGCUAAAGGAAUGGUCAGUUCUCGAGGACUACACGGGGAUUGGUGGACUGAAGAAAUUGCUGAACUUCGAAGGGUCUGUCUCCAAAUGCGGAGGAGAAGGACCAGGGCCAGAACACGGAGAGAUGCCACGGCAGAAAGCGAAGCAUUAA